AUGAGCAAUGCAACAAUCAUCGACGAAAAAGCAUUAAACGAUUGCUUAAAUGAGAUCACUUGCGCUCUUCUUCAAUCUGGUGUUCAAUUCAAACUUGUUCGCGACAUGCAAGCUAAUAUCAAUAAAGUCGUUGGGUGGCAACCUGUGCUGGUUUGCGCUGAUACGUUUAGAGCUGGUGCGUUUGAUCAGUUAAAGCAGAAUGCAACUAAAGCUAAAAUUCCAUUAUAUGGAAGUUAUAUGGAAUCAGAUCCUGUGAGAAUUGCUGUGGAAGGUGUGGAAAGAUUUAAGAAGGAAAAUUGUGAUCUUAUAAUUGUUGAUACGAGUGGACAGCAUAAACAGGAAGCUGCACUUUUUGAAGAAAUCCGUCAAGUUUCUGAAGCAACGAAACCCGAACUUGCUAUACUUGUUACGGAUAGCAGUAUCGGUCAAGUUGCAUUUGAUCAAGCUCAAGCUUUUAAGCAAAGUGUUGCUGUUGGAGCUGUGAUUGUUAUCAAAAUGGAUGGUCAUGCAAAGGGCGGUGGCACGCUUAGUGCGUGAGUAUUCUAGCGGUUGCUCU